UCACGAAAGUCCAACCUCUUUGAGACCGCAUUUUCUCACGUUUCUCGCUUCGCUUCUUGCAAAUUCCCUUUGGAUUUUCGGAUGAGACGUUCGAUCGGCCGCUUGUCCGCUCGGCUACGCUCGGCUCGGUUCACCGAAGUCGCACGAUCGCUCGAAGAAAUCGACGCGGAGAACGAUCGGUAGGGUGGGGUAACGAGAGAGCAAGUGUACCAAGCAAGUGAAGGGAGAAGCUCUCUGUUCCGAGGUCGAUAACUAAGUGUCAGUAGUCAGAGUCGACCCGAGUGGAGGAUCAGACCGAGCGACCACUAUGACGAUCGAACACCGGAGGAGCGUGACCUUUUUGGCCGUGGUGAUUUUUCUCGCCUCCGUUGAAGCAGCUACCCUGUUGGGUGCGCCACCCUGUCCCAACCCUCAUGGCGUCCACGCGUACGCUCACCCCGAGGACUGCAACGCAUUCUUCCUCUGUACGAACGGCACCCUGACCCUCGAGUACUGCGAGAACGGAUUACUUUUCGAUGGCCAUGGCGCCGUACACGACCAUUGCAACUAUCACUGGGCCGUCCACUGCGGAGAACGCAAGGCUGACCUCACUCCGCUCAGUAGCCCCGGCUGCGAAUAUCAAUUCGGUCUCUAUCCUGCCAGCGACCUGUGCAGCACCACUUACAUCAAAUGCGUCCACGGACAUCCCGAGGAAGCGCACUGCGACGCAGGAUUAGUAUACGACGAGAAGAGUCACACUUGCGUCUGGCCCGAUCAACUGUUGCCCUACUGCAAUCCGGAGGAAAUAGUCGGCUUCAAGUGUCCUCACAAAGUACCUUCGCACAGUGCUGCUGCCAAGUUCUGGCCUUACCCGAGAUUCCCUGUACCUGGGGACUGUGGCAGAUUGAUCACCUGUGUCGAUGGUAAUCCACGUUUGCUUACGUGCGGCGAUGGAAAACUCUUCGAUUCCGUGAGUCUGAGCUGUUUGGAUCCUGACGAACUGCCUCAUUGCGCCAAUACCGUUUAAAUUACACAGGGAUGUCAGCAUCGCUAUUCGAAUUCGCAAGAGUCUAUCAACCGUUUUAGAACCUCGAAAUCUGCAGCCUUCGCCGUUUAUUCGAAGCAAAAUAUUCCACUUGAUAAAAAAUAAUCUAAUCGCCCACCGAAAACGUUACGAAACAGUAAAAUUAGCGAAACUAUAACGCAAAGUAUUGCAUUAUCGGUACAAAGUAGACGAUAUCGAUAGAUCUGUACAAUUUCACAGAUGUAUAAUAAUUAUAAAAAGCAAAGAUAGAUGUAUCGAUAUUUCUAAUUACCUUUAGUUAGAAAAAUGUGUUUUAAAGGGAAAACAACUGCAAAACGACAGGGACAACGACGUGUACACUGAACAUUGGAAUAAAAUGUGGACAUGCGUA